UAUAGAUGUAAUAUUGCACCAUAAAUCAUUUAAGGACAUUAAUUUGUUUCGAUUAAUUCAAAUCUGCGGAAUAUCAAUAUGGCAAUCUGUUUUAUUCGAGCUUAACAUUUACCACUUGGUUUUAAGACAUUAGGGAAUUAUUAUGUUUUGUGGUAGAGAUAGGAUUGACGAGCGAGUAUAAGUGAUCGGUAAACAAGAAUAAUUCGCUUGUCAAAUAAGAAACGAGCUCUUGACUUAAAACGUGCAUUAUAAAACCGGCGGGAACGUAUCUAUUACGUGCAAAAUCUACAAUCAAUAGAGCUCAUUGAACCCUAUUAGGCUAUUUUGUUUGUGUUCAGUGAAAAGUGAAAUAUAAUAAGUGGAGAAAAGGACCUGCCAUGAAGAAUUUACGAUUUAAAUUAUUACUACACACACUGGACUUUUCGGAAGGUAUUUGACCAUUUUGCAGCGAUUCAAGAAGAAAUAUUUUUUUCAUGGAAGAAAAGAGGAUUAAGAAAAUUCACACCUGUUUAAUAUUGCGGAUUAGGAGGUUGCAUAAAUUUACAUAAACUAUAAUGAACCGAAGUAAAUCAGCCGGUGCGCCAACACCGUCUAAAGCCGUGAUUGAAGAAAUUCGCGCCACGUGCAAACAGAUCGCGCCUUAUAUCACACAUGAAUGGAGGAGCGUCUGUGAGGAGCUCGGUGUGGCAGAAGACAUUCUGGACGAAAUCGAGGCUACACACGUGAACUCCCCGAUGUCUGACCUAGCCUUCUGUGGGUUGUGUAAGUGGACAGAUAUUAUAGGGCGUGGCUCAUGCCAGGGAAAAUUACAGAAUGUUAUUAAGAUGUUUGGACUAAGACGUGCUGGCGAACAACUACGGCGUUUGUCUGAAAGAAGAAGUGUUCCCUAUAUGGGACGACCAGUAACAGUUGCCGUCACACAAGAAGUUUCGGUCAACAAACAAGCUAAACAAAAAGCGCUUGCUGACCGUUUAUCCAGACCAAAAUCCAACAGGUCAUCGGACAGCGACUCUAGCAAACAGAAAAAGAAAACUACUACGCAAGUCAUGCCAGGUGUUAAUCCGCUCAUUGUCCAAGUGGCUCCGUCAAAACCAACAGACAAGUGUGAAGUGAAACUGAAGGUAACUGUGAAAGGUGUUCAGCGAAUCGACAAAGAAGAGCUUGAACAAACACGUGAUGACUUUAAAUCUACUAAAGAUGAUUUUAAAAGCACUUGCUUUACUUUCGUGAAGUUAGUGAUAAAAAACAGAAAAGCCCAUUUUCACGAGCUAAAAGAACAAUUUGGAUUCGAGGAAAUUUCUAUACAAAGUAUCAGCCAAGUUGGGUUUAACAUUAACAUUUUUAUUCUCUGCUCUUCAUUGGGUGCUUUUGAGAUUCUUUAUCAAAAUUACAUAUCUGGACGCUUAAAAAAGAUAGUUCACAGUACGUUGGUGACACGUGAUCACUUGGUUAAGUUAAAGGCGAGACAGCUCGAACUGUCUAUAGAUAUGGAGGACGGAAUGGUAAAUAAGUACAGGGAUAUUUUAAUAGUUCGUGGACCAGCGGAAGAAAAUGUUCUGCACCCUGUUGAUGCAAUAGAAUACUUUCAAUGUGAUGAUGAUGAGGACUUGUCAAUGAAAGAUGAUAACAGUCUAGGUGAAUUGUGCAAUUUCGAUUUGAAAACAUGGCAGCAAAAACUACGCAGUCAAAUUGUAAGAGCGGACGAAAAAAUCACAGAAUUUGAAGAUUCUAUCAAAGAUUUGUUAUUAGUUAUUCGUAUUGCCAGGAAAGAGGAGACGCCGGAAAUGACGUGUUUACAGGAUAUCAUGAACUGCUACCAUCAUCUUAAAUUCAGCAAAAGUGUAGUCGCUCAAAGUUCCCGCAGCAAUGUUGUUUACACAUAUUUGGCUAUUGUAAAUUUCAUACGCAUAAUUGUUCAAGAAAUAGGUGAAAAUGCACUUCCUAUUUCAUUUGAUGAAACCCUAGAUCCUAACGCGUGUGACACGUUCCAUCGUUUACUCGCGCAGCUAGAGGGUAUGCUUCAUCCGGGUUACUUGUUUGAAAAAGAUGAAAACGUUACAAACACACACGUGAUGACAGGUUUAGAGAAGGAAAUGUUUGGGUCGUUCUUAUGUUAUUUGCCAAAACUGUUACGACUCCUACAUAGUUUAUGUGAUACACUUACAGUCACUACAAAUGCAGACGAUAUCGCGGACAAUGAAAGUUGUUCCGAAGCUAAGGAUCAGAAUGAUUCAGGUAUAGCUCUAUCAAAAGAAGAGAACAACAAUAGUGAGAAUAUUGAAGACAAGAACAGUGAAACGCAAUCUGAUGAUUCAACAUGUGAUCAGGUCCCUGCUGAUAAAAGAAAACGAGACGAAGAACUCGGUAAAGCACAAGUCAUCAACUACGUACAGACAUGGACGCAACCUAUAUAAGUUAUGGUUAUAUUAACAAUAUAAAUGCACGUGUGCUAUGUGGAAGAAAGGAUGGAUGCAGUUAAAUAUUCGCCAUUUUAAAUCUUGUGGAUACAUAUAUUUGAUAAAAAGGGGUUUGAGUAUGAUAUAGUCUUCCUAUGGGAACCAUUAUAACUGACGUGCAUGUCUGUGCUUGCGGAAAACGGAAAAAAAUGAUUUGCAUUUUCUCCAGACAUCCGAUUUAUCAUACACAUUAUUGCAGUUUUCCUGAGAUUGCUCGAACAAUAUUUUAGAUAAAAUGACUAUUGAACAAUACGUUUUCAAUUUUUGUUAAAGAAAACAUACCAAUUAACUUACUUAUAAACAAGUAUGAAAAUAUUUGGAUUUUAUUUAAAUAAAAAUGGACGAAAAUGUAAUAACAUUUUUCAAAUUUCAACAAUCUUUUCAAUAAAAUUGAUAUGGGGUGAUGUUUUGUUAAGACGAGGCUCAGAUUUAAAGCGAUAGUUAACAAGCGCAAAUAUCUAAAUCAAGGGAUACUUAAAUAUAACUCUGAUGAAUCUAAAAACAAUAUAUUUAUUUCUGCAGUUCAGCCUUUCAUUCAUUUGAUUU